AUGUUACUAAUUACCAUCUUUAUAAUAUUUUUUAUUAAACAUUCUGAUUCCGAUUGUGUUCUGCAUACAGGGCCUUCUGACAGACAACUUGAAGUAAAGCUUCAUAAUUAUUUAUUGAGCAAAAAUGAAGAAUUGCAUGUGCAACCGAACAAAAACUUGACAACGAUUGCCAUAAAAUUCAUCCUGAAAACCUUUAAAUUUGACAACAACGAAGAAGUAUUUAGCAUUUAUAACUGGGUGAUUUUGCAAUGGGAAGAUCCAAGGCUACAGUGGAAUGCAACUGAAUACGAAGGAGUAGAUAAAACUAUCGUGAAUAGUUUCGAUAUAUGGACACCACUUAGAACUCUUACCAAUAAAGAAGUGAAAGGUGCUGGUCACGCUUAUUCUUUACCAUAUGAAUAUUGCCAAGUUGAUAAUAAAGGCCAAGUUAUGUGUUUCCUUUACAUAUUACAUAGAACUACGUGCAUUACCAAAUUAGACAAUUGGCCUUACGACUCCCAAACUUGCACAUUUAAUUUGGGCAUCGUUGAACGAAAUAAGGAAAAUUUAGUAUUCACCUUUAAUAAAAGCCGUGGUAUUUUUACCGAGAGAGCAGAAUAUGGUCCCGGAUGGGAUAUUAUAGAUUAUGCAGUAGGGGAAAAUGCUACAGGCGUAAUCAAGCUUUAUUUAACAUUCGUUGUAGAAAGACAUGCAAAAGGCUUGGGAGCUCUGGUGGUGUUCCCGUUAAUCGUAGUAGCCAUGUCACUCACCACUAUCUUUAUAUUAUUUUUUAUAAAACAUUCUACUUCCGAUUGUGUUCUGCACACAGAGCCUUCUGACAGACUAUAUGAAGUAAAACUCCAUAAAGACGUGUUUUACAAUGAUAACAACUUUCUUGUGAUACCAAACAAAAAUGGAACAACAGUAACUUUAAAAUUCAUGUUGAAGAACUUCAAAUUUGAUACAACCGAAGAACAAUUUGGUAUUUAUAGCUGGAUGUUUUUUCAAUGGAAGGAUCCAAGGAUUCAAUGGAAUUCAAGUGACUACGGCGGAGUCGACAAGACUAUCAUACACAGUGUCAAUAUAUGGACGCCGUUGAGAAUUCUAACUAAUUUAGGAGAUGUGUCCGAAUUUGGUGGCGAAUACUAUCCCUAUACGUAUUGUCAAGUUGAUAACACAGGCAAAGUUUUGUGUGUGCUUCGAGUAAGUUUUGCCACUAUGUGCAUUACUAAAUUAGAUGAUUGGCCUUAUGACUCUCAAACGUGCAUAUUUAAUUUUGGCAUCAAAAAGAGUAAUAAGGACAAUGUAACAUUCACUUUUAAUCAGAGCCGGGGAAUAUCAGCCUUUGGAGCAGAAUAUGGUUCUGGAUGGGAUAUUGUAUAUAACGCGGUCGGGGAAAAUGCUACAGAUGCAAUUAAGUUCAAUUUAACAUUCGUUCUAGAAAGACAUGCGACAGGCUUGGCAUCUCUGGUGGUCUUCCCGUUAGUUAUAGUAGGUACCAUGACAGUAUCUUCUAUGUUUUUAGAUGCCUAUCCAUAUUUAGUUUCUAGCAAUUCUCUCAUUGACAAUUUAGCCAUGUCACUUACCACUAUCUUUAUAUUAUUUUUUAUAAAACAUUCUGCUUCCGAUUGUGUUUUGCACACAGAGCCUUCUGACAGACAAUUUGAAGUAAAACUCCUUAAGGAUGUGUUUUUCAAUGAUACGGAUUUGUUUGUAAUACCAAACAAAGAUGGAAUAACUGUUACUAUAAACUUCAUCCUGAAAAACUUCAAAUUUGAUAAAAAUGAAGAGCUAUUUGACAUUUAUAGCUGGAUGUUUUUUCAAUGGGAAGAUCCAAGGAUUCAGUGGAAUGCAAGUGACUACGGCGGAAUAGAUAAAACUUCCAUAAGCAAUAUAAAUUUCUGGACGCCAUUGGGAAUUCUGACUAAUUUAGGAGAUGUGACCGGAUUUAGUGGCGAACAUUAUCACUAUAGGUAUUGUGAAGUUGAUAACACAGGCAAAAUUUUGUGUGUAGUACAAAUAUUUCAUGAAACUAUGUGCAUUGCUAAAUUAAACGAUUGGCCUUACGACUCCCAAACUUGCAUAUUUAAUUUUGGAAUCAAUAAAAGUAAUAAGGACAAAGUAACGUUCACUUUUAAUCAAAGUCGUGGGAUAUCAGCUCUUGGAGCAGAAAAUGGUUCUGGAUGGGAUAUUGUAGAUUACGCUGUGAGGGAAAACGCUACAGAUGCAAUUAAGUUCAAUUUAACAUUUGUUGUAGAAAGACAUGCUACAGGUUUGGCAGCUCUAGUAGUGUUCCCGUUAGUUAUAGUGGCCAAAGUGGGAAGUAGCGGAAACGGAGAAUGGACCAUCACAUGUUGGAGCGUGGACAGAUUUCGC